AUGACUCCUUUCGACCCCAAGAAAGAUGAUGGGUUACCAGGGCCCAUUGACAUCGACAUGUUACUCAGGCACGCCUAUGAGACACUACAAUCUACGCCCAUAGCCAAGCCCCCAUGCGAGUGUGCCUACUGCAUCAACGGCUUUUAUACUGUCGAGGCUCAAUCCACAUUCGGUCGAACUGGUCAAUUUUAUUGCUACAGGCUCUCCGAUGAGGAUGCGGAGCGCAGAGUGCUCUUGGCGGUCAGGAAAAUGGAUAAUCUCCAAAGCGCAUUGACAGAGCGUCUGGAUGUCUUCGCUGAUAUAUUAAUGAGCCGGUGGAUCAAACAAAGCCAAGCAAAGCGUGAAGCUUUAUUAAAGGAGGCAGCUCCGGAUCUUGAAGAGAAGCAAUGGCUUCUUCCGCGGUACUGGCUCCUACACCCACAGUCUUCCCUACUUGGGAGAUUACAGAAGGGGAGGCGUCAACUCCUUUUGCCUUGGCUGAACGUGGAAGUGUUGAAGACUAAUCCUGCAGUUCUCUUUGCCUUGCUGCACUACAGGACAGCCUAUUCUCCGCAGCAGUGGGCAGCGUUCGAUAGCCAACAACUUGAUCAAAGUUGGGCAUCUGGAUAUCUCAAUGUUGACUUCUCACCAAAAUGUGUUGUCAUGCAUGGACACAAAUACGGAUCGCUGGUGGAUUGGGACCAAAAUGCGGCCCAUCGAGCUGAUAUAUUGGGCUUCCCCCGGGCUUCCCUCGUUCUCGAAGCGCAGGCAUACCUCAUGGAAGUCCUCCACAAUAUCGUGACCAAGAUCCUCGAAGGUGUCGACAAUUCACAACCCCCUCGGAUCAACAAGUGGAGAAAUCUCAUCAGCAACGCUGCGUUUAGAGAGACGGGAGCAGUAGAAUUCUGGUCCCCAUACACGAAUCAAGCCUUCUCAGCGCCACCGCAGUUCGAUAGUAAAUACCUGGUCUCGCUCGCCGAGACUCGACUGCACGCAACGGAAGACCAUCUCUGGCACUUGCAGUGCAAUGCCGCAUACAUGCGGCGGUACCUGAAGAUCAUGUUUGCAACCGGAGUCUUCAAGAGCUCAGAUUUCUACCAGGGUCGGGUGCUUGUCGAACGCAUUCACGUCGAGGUGUUUAGUUAUCAUUGGUGGCGCUGGACCGCAAUGGAGUGCAGACAUGUCGACGCAGCGCGAGGCAGAUUUCGCGACAGCGUAUAUCCUGGCGCCGCCCUGCCCAUUCACUAUGACCGAGCUCUCGGUGGCCUAGAGUUCCUCCUUGUCAACCAGAUCUGUUUCAAGAUCGCUUACCUCCAGGAUCUCUUGCCGCUUGUCCCAGGACUUCAAAAACACUGGAGCUUCGAGCCCUACGCGCAACCACACUUGCCCUAUAUUGGCACCAAUCGCCGGAAGACGCCCGUCAACACACAGGAGUCUUUCAACAAUGACCGUCUUGACUGGUGCCUGGUCAGGUUGUUGGCAAAUCCCUGCGACCCAACCGUCUUCGAUCCCGCCACGCUUUUCGCAAUGCUGCAGGAGCACAUGCAGAAUAACCCGUCUGAGAGAAAUAGAUUGGAUGAAUUGACCUACCAGGUGCUGUCGGAUCUCGCAACUUGCCAUGAAAUGCUCAUGGCUGUCCAUUUCCAUCGACCGAAGAAUACCCCUGGAACGGCCUGCGACUUCGAAACUCUAAAAGAGAGACACAGCUGCUUACUAGCGUUACAAAUGAGAAAGAACGAUGACGCAGAAUAUUCCCGUGACCGCCAGAACAUCGGCAAGUCACUUUUGAAGACCUUCUCUCCUGCAAAUGCACCAGCGGGCCCAAAAACUCCUGCCUGGUUAGCGAAGUCCCAGCAGCUCCGUGCUGAUCUGGAGACGUUUUGGGAAUCGAUAAGAAGAACACUCAGGAAAGAAUACAAAGACUGUGAUCUCAGUCCGGCAGAGGCUGACGAACUUCUUGAGGUGAUUUCUGUGAAUCUGACCGAUCAAUAUCGACAAGACAAACAGCGAGAGGACAAUGAAGUUCUCGCGGCCAUUCAUGAACGCAACAGGCCACAACCAGUGACCAAGUUCUUCAACGGGGCCGAAACCUGUUCCACGACUGCGACUAUUAUCCCACGCCUGGAAAAGACAAAAACGAGGGGGACCCCAAAGCCUCCCUUAGUCGAAGAUGAGACGCCAGAUGUACAAGCAGAAACUACCGCAGUGGUCAACAUUGCCACAAUCAAAGUGGCCAAGCAAUGGUUGGAUGUCUUUCACCUCAUGUUCCCCGAGAAGGACGGUGCCGCGAAAGAUGUAACGUGGGACAGAUUUGUCCACGCCAUGGCAGAUGCGGGAUUCACUGCCAGGAACAACGGGGGGUCACACGUGUCGUUCAAGCAGCGUGAUGGGGAGGGCAGGAUUGUCUUUCAUAGACCUCACCCUGUACCCAAGAUUGACCCCGUCAUGUUGCGGGUCAUGGCCCAGAGAAUGGCGAAGCGGUUUGGAUGGAGGCGAGAGCUGUUUGUUUUGCGCGAUGACGCCACCCAAGCUUAG